AUGCAGUUCUACCCUAAAGGACGAGAGCCGCGGCCCAGCAUCCACCACCCAUCCGUUCGGCCACGUCGAUUGGCUGUUCUCAGAGCCGCUGGAAUAAACCUUCUCUACCUCCAAUUGCUCUUUUUGGGAUUAUUUUGCUAUCUCUUUGGAUCUCUUUUUCAGCAAACUACACAUGUUCAUCAAAUUAAUGUCCUGUUCGUGGAUUACGAUGGUGGCGCGAUCGGAGACGCGGUACGCGACGCGUACAAAAAAUUAGAAGGGCGAGGCUUCCCAACACUUAUGGAGCGAUCUGCCUCUGCCUAUCCCCUACCAGGCUCAAUUAAAGGUGCCGUGUGCGACAUCGAAUAUUGGGCGGCUCUAUACACCACAGCGAAUUCGUCGAAUGCCUUGGAAGCAGCUUUUGCAGGAGGAUCGGCGGCAUCAUCUUACGACAAGAGCGAUGUUCUCACAAUGGUAUGGAACGAAGCGCGUUACCCAGCAAUUGUCGACUCAACCGUCCAAAGCAACCUCAAGACUUUAUCGCAAAGUGCACGUGUGGCAUAUUUCGAGGCAAACGGAAAGCAAGUUCUAGAGAACUUGAACACCUCUGACGCUACUGCCACGUCCAUCUUCUAUGAACCCUGGACGUUGGCCGACUUUGAUUUGCAGCCCACGUCACAGGGAUCCCGGCUGAUUUACAAUACUCUCGUUGUCAUCUUGAUCAUCAUCCAGGAAUUUUUCUACCUUGGCACGGUCAAUGGUCUUUACGCUCAAUUCAAUUUGUGGACCGCAGUGGCACCCCGUCGGAUGGCUAUUGUGCGUCUCAUAAUAUCGGUCACUUACACUCUUAUCGGCUCUCUCUGCACCGCAGGUGCAAUUUGGGCAUUCCGGAGUGGUUGGCACGUGAAUGGAAACCAGUUUGCUCUGACAUGGGCAGUACUCUGGUUAUUUGCUCACCUCAACUUCCUCGUCCUGGAUGUGUUUACCAUUUGGCUUCCGCCCCCUUAUAUCCCAAUGGCUCUUAUUACUUGGAUUGUGACGAAUGUCACCUCUAUCCUUCUUCCAUUCGAGCUAUCUUCCGCCUUCUACAGAGUGGGCUUUGCGCUUCCCUCGCAUUCCGUGUUUCAGAUACUGAUCGACAUCUGGUCCGGCGGUUGCAAUCCGCAGCUGUACUACGCGCUGCCUGUUCUCUUCGUUUAUGAAAUUCUGGGCUUUGUACUCAGCUAUGUGGGCGUCUAUCGACGGGCACACUACGCAGGUCUCAAAGCAGAAGCGGAUGCAAAGGCAACCGAAGAACGAAUUGCGGCAGCAGUGCUUCAGAAACAAGAGGCUCAGCUUGUGCGCCAAGAAACAAUGCGUGAUGUCGAGGGCAGUCACGCAUCAGAUACGGACCAGCAGGAAUCAGGCCCUAGGGCAAGACGAGAAACCGUGACGACUAUCCCAGAUCAGGAAGAACUGGUUGGCAUGAUUCGAAGGGAGAUGUCCCGGGCAACUGUUGAAGGCCCAGAGAAUAGACGGGAUAACGCCGGGCCAACUUUCUCUCUGGCUUACAAAGAUUGA